AGGUAAUGAGUCAUUACACCGCUGCGGAGACUUGAUUCCAUCCUAGACGUUUCUCACUGCAGAGAGCUCGCUUCGCAGGCGAGUCGCUCGUAAGGUCGCACCUCUUGUCGUCGGCAUCGAGCAGUGCUUACCGGCACUUCCCCCGCGGUCGACGCUUCUUGUGCCUCCUCCGCUUCGCCUCUCCUCCGCUUCGCCUCUCCUCCGCUUCACCUCUCCUCCGCUUCGCCUCUCCUCCCUCGACCGUUUCGCUACACCAAUCCUGCUCAAGGUCCCGUCUCGCACGCGCUCACCAAGGCGGUUCGAGAGCGGAAUACUGUACGGCAAUGGCGCGAGACAGGGGCGGCGCCGGACCGAGACACGUGGCGCUCAGUCGGAGUGGAUGCGGCAGCGGGAAUUGCGCCGGCGGUGGCGCCGCGCGGGGCAAUCCUAAGGGCCGCGCCGACAGGCGGCGGCCGAACAUCGCGCUUCACAGCAGCGCUCUCGCCGCAAGUGGCGGACAAGUGCGCGCGGGCGCGGAAGGCGGGCGCAGCGUCGGCGCAGCACGGGGGACAGCCGCCGAGGGGCACCGCGUCGGCGGUAGCAAGCAUUCUCAGUGGCUGGGCGGCAGAGGCGCAGCAAGCGCGCGUGAUACUAGUGAUGACGAUGGCGGUGUAGGUGACAGCACACGUGGCGGAUUGGUGCUGGUGGAGAUUGCCGCCGCGGCGCGAGCGAAGCGAGCUGCGCGAGAGGCGGCAGAGCGGGGGAGUGCGAGGGAGGAGGGGAGUGGGGGGCGGAGGCAGGUUUCCCCCAUGGCAGGGCGGCAGAAGCGGGAAGCGGACAAGGCAGGUGACUUGGCUUUGGGAAGAGAAGAGCGGCCGGAUGGAGAGCAGACGAGGUUGCCUCUGAACGAGCGGCAUGCGGAGGACGGUGAUGAGGGAGACGCACAGCCGGCUACAGCAGCACUGCUGGCAGCCGUGGGAAGAGCAGCAGCAGGGGGAGCGAGCACGGAUGCAGAGGAGGAAGAGGACGCGAGCACGAAGCAGGAAGAGGCAGCAGCGCUCCCCGCAGUGGCGCUGGCGCUGCUGGCGCCGCUGGCUUGUGCGGGGGAGGACGUGGCACGCGGCAUGUGCGUGAGCAGGGAGUGGCGGCGCUCCCUCACUCACUCCGUGCGCUCCUUCUCCCUCCUCUUCCACCCCCACUCCCUCUCUUGGCACCCUUCCUUCCGUGACCCCGCCACCCCCCCUUUCACGCGCCACUGGGACCCGGCAGCCCUGCAGCCCACCCUGCUGGACCCCAGCAGCAGCAGCAGCAGCAGCAGAUGGGGGGAGGUGGUGUGCUCGGUGCUGCUUCAGUCCGCCAUGCCCUUCCCCUGCACCACCGCACUGCAGCCCGGCAGUGUGGCGUCCUUGAAGCGCGCUCUCUCGCGCUACCCCAACCUCACUUCCCUCCACCUGCCGCUCAUCUCCUCGCCCCCGUGGUCUGCCUUACCUUGCGGAUACUACCGCCAACGCCAGGACAGCACCCGCUACCCGCUCCCCUGGGACGUGCUCUUCUCGCCCUCCGAUAUAAGCACCCUCCUUUGCAGCCUCGACCAGCUGCCCUGCAGCAGCACGCUGCGUUCCCUUCACCUGCAGGUGGCCCUUGACUGCCACACGCACCAGCUCAUAAGAGCCAGCCCGCACAAGCGCUACCAGGCUCGUCUUGCCGAGCUGUGGGAUUCCCCUCAGCGGUACCACAGCCGCGUGGAGAAGCGCACGCUGGCUGAGGAGGAGAGGGCGGUGGAGCGCGGCGUGCAGUGCGUGCUGCAGGGCUGCCCAAAGCUGCGCGCGCUGCACCUGCAGGGCUUCAACCUGCACUGCGUGCUCGCCCUCGCCCCCGCCACCCUCGCCUGCUUCUCCCGCCUCACGCACCUCUCCCUCCCCCUCCCCGGCGCCAUCCCCCCUCCCAUCCUGCGCCUCCCCCGCCUCGCCUCCCUCUCCCUCGCGCUCUGCCUGGAGGACCCCUCUGCGCUGCCCGCCUUCCAGCGCCAGAUGGACUCCCCCGCCCUCUUCCGCCACCUCUCCUCGCUCUCCUCCCUCACCCUGCUCGCCCGCCGCUCCUCCUCCUCUCUGCCCGCCUGCCCUCCCUCCGACAUCUCGCCGGACCUCUUCCACGGGGUGCAGCCCACGCUGUGCUCGCUCACGCUGCUGCUGCACGAGGCCAACGUGCAUGCCGAGAGUGCCUCCUCCCUCGCCUCCAUCUGGGCGCUCUCCCGCCUCACCCACCUCACCACAGAUCUAGAGAUCGACCUCUCCUCCUCUCCUCCCCCUGCUUCCCCCCCCGCGCUUCUCUCUGCCAGCCCCUGCCUCUUCCUGCCUCCCUUUCCCAGCCUCUCCCCUCCUCCCGUUCUGCAGCUCGGCCUGCCAUCCCUCUCGCACCUCACCUCGCUUUCCCUCUGCUCUCUCACUCGCGUGCCCGCCGCCCUGGCGCUGCUCUCCUGCCUCUCCCGCCUCGAGUUGCCCCGAGCCUCAGAGGACCCUCACAGGGCCAUCCGCGCCCUGCCCCACCUGGCGCACCUGGAGUGCAGCGUGCUCGAUCUGCGCCAUGUCUUGGCCCUCCGCCCCUCGCCCUCCUGCCACCCUUGCUGCUGCGACUGCCAGAGCAACUGUUGUGAUGAGGCAAGCGGUUACAGCAGCACAAACGGCAGCAGCAGCAGCAGUCUCAGCAGCAGCAGCAGCAGCAGCAGCAGCAGCAGCGGCAGCAGCAGCGGCAGCAGCAGCGGUACCAGCAGCGACGGCAAUAGCGGUGGUGAGAGCAGCAGCGGGGCAGGAACAUCAUCCGCAAAACCGCCGUUCCCUCACUGCUCCUGCCUGCACCCGUCCCAAGCACCCCACCACCACACGCGCGGUCUCACUUCCCUUGUGCUGCGUGCCAGCCACGCCCGCAUCGCCCACGCCAUGCCCGCCCGCGCCCACUGCUACCCCACCCUGCAGCAUCUGGAGCUGCAUGGCCUCACCUCCUGCCACUGGCUCUGCCGCAACCAAGCUGUGCCGCCCGCCCUCUCCCUCUUCCCCAACCUCCACACCCUCAUCUGCACGCCCUCAUCGGCCAACGCAAGGAUCUCUGAUCAGGUAGAUGUGGACCUCGCCCUGCUCCCCUCUCUCUCCCGUGUCUCUGGUGGCUUCCAGCUGUGCCGCGCGGACCGCCGGCUCUACCCCUCACUUCACACAGCAGUGCUCACCACUGGAAGGCGGCGCUCUGGGGGUGUCCCCUGUCGUCCCUGGCAGCUGGUGCUGGAGCUCAGGUCCCUGCGCACUCUCAUACUCUCCCACCGCUUCCUGGACACUGUCUAUGAUUCCCUUGGCUACUUCAGCCAGCCCACGCCUCUCAGCCUCCUCACGGACCUGCACACCCUGCAGCUCUCCCUGGGCCUUCACAAGAUGGCUGGUUCCAAUAUGCAGUUAUUCUCGGGCAACUGGCCGUCGCACCUGCGCUGCUUGCGCCUCUGUGACUUCCCCCUGGCCAACGUGCCUUGGGCUGUUUUGCAGUGCAAUGAGUUGGAGGAGCUGCACCUGAUUGGCUGGCCUUAUCUGAAAGCGCUGCCGGCAGAGUUGGCAAGGUUGGAGCAGUUGAGGGUGAUGAGGGUGAGUGGGUGCAAGGAGCCCUUUGUGCCCAUUGAGUUGGUGCCUCUCCUUCGGGGGAAGCGCUGGCACUUCCCAUUCUCCCAGUCCAUGGCCUAUCAAGGGUGAGGUGCAAUACCGUAAUCUCCCGGUCCCGGUCCCGGAUAAAGGACCCUCCGGUAUUAGAGUCCAUGGGUGUUUUAUUUUAUCCGGAUGUGGGAACAGCUAUAUUGAGAAAGCUCGCUACUUGUAGUGCAAAUGGCAUCGUUCUCAUUCCAUUGACAUAAAGUACAAAGAGUUCC